CAUUACCUGGGUCUAAGGUUGUAAGUUGUAUGAAAGUGAUUUGAAAAAUAUACAUUUAAAAUUUCAGUAUUUGAAAACUAUAGUUCUGGAGUCAAGUGUUGCUUUCUUGUCCCCAGCAGCCUCUCCCAUCACUUCCUCUGGGAAUCUGCUCACCCAGGAGACCCCCGACUCCUCCAUCCCCUGUGCCACCCUACCCAGCUCCCUGGAGGCCUUGGGCAGGAAGGAGGAGGGGAAGGUCGCAGGUAGGAAGCUGAAGCCCUACACCGUCCUUUCGAAGAUGCAGCUAUGUGUGCUCAGAGACCGCUUCCAGAGGCAGCAGUACCUCAACCUGCAGCACAUACAGGAGCUAUCCAGCCUCCUGAACCUCAGCUGCAAGCAGAUUAAGACCUGGUUCCAAAAUCAGAGAAUGAAAUGCAAGAAAUGGCAGAAAAGCACUGGGCUGCAGAACGGUUCUGGUGCACCUGAGAAGGUUCCAGCCCCAGCAGAGUACCCAGGUGUCUGCUCCAACUAUGCCCAGAGCUGCCUGGUGAACACAUCUGGAAACCUUCCCAUGUGGGGCAACCAGACCUGGAACAACUCAGCCUGGAGCAGCCAGACCUGGGGCAGCCAGUCCUGGGGCAACCACUCUUGGAACACGGAGACCUGGAACACGCAGAGCUGGUGCCCCCAAGCCUGGAACAGCCCAUUCCCCAGCUUCGGAGAGGAGUCCCUGCAGCCCUGCCUGCCUUUCCCACAGAAUUUCCCCACCAGCAACUUGGAGGCCAUGCUGGAAGCAGUCGGGGACAGCCAGGAGUACUGUACCACUCCUAGGCCCUGGAUCUUUUCCUAAAUUAUGCCAGGAACUUGCUGCUUGAAGAUCUAGGAAGGUGGACACUCCUUUCCUUCCUGCAGGGUUUUGCUGUUUUAGGGUGGUACUGUUUCUCAUUGUAACUUUGGUGACAACACUGGGAUGUGGGCAGCACUGGAGUCUGAAGGAGGAGCCUUCAGUGACCUUGUGUGUUGCAGGGAGGUGGUGUCUGGGUACAGCACUGUCGGAUGUCUGGAUGGGGAACCCAACUCAAGGGGGACAAAAAGCUGUGAUGAAGUGUCAUUGCUGUUUUCUGGGAAUGCAGGGCUUUGCUUGUUAAAACUGCACACAUCCCUUUUGGGACCUGGGUAGGGUGCUUGCCUGUCGUGCUUGAGGUCCUGGGAUCCAUACCUGAACUGCAAAAAGACCUGGUAAAUUCCACCCUUGUGUGUGAAACUGGGAGUGAAUCCAAGACCUUCAUAUUGAGAUGCAUUCCUGCCCCACCCUCUUCUGAAACAAAGUCUUGCUGUGGGCUUCAAUUUGGGAUCCUUCUGCCUCAGCCUUCCAAAAUGCUAGGGAUCCUCUUGUGUGCCAUUACACUGGGCUAGAAAUACUUGUUUUCAAUGUCAGUUCUUCAGGUGAAGGGUUAAGUUACAGUGCGCUGCCCUGUUCCCCUCCAGCCCAAUACUCUGGGCUGUGGGUUUGUUGUGACCCCCACUGUGUUGACUUAUAUUUGUAGAAAGAUGUCUUACACACAUCACAGCUGCAUCCUGAUGAAUCUGGUAUGACUGUUUGGCUUUUUUAAGUGCAAAUGAAUAAGAAAGUUUUUGUCUAUGCUUAGUUUCACCUGGUGGUUCAAUGAGUAAAAAUUUGGCCAAAUAA